UUCCUCCUGCCGCAGGAGCCGGCUUCCACGUGUGCCCCGAGGUCGGCAUCUCCGCGCGCGCUCCGCCCGGGACCUGGGUGCCUUCAGCAGCCCGAGUAGCCGGGAGUCCGGGGUCCGGGACCGAGCAGCCGGGAGUACAGGGUCGGGGAAGCACCUGGGCCAAGUUAGGCGCCUCCGAGUCGAGCGCCGCGCGUCUGCAGGGCCGGAGGAGCCGCGGGGCGUCCGGGGCUGAGCCGCAGCAGAUGGGCUCCGACGUGCGGGACCUGAACGCGCUGUUGCCAGCCGUCCCCUCGCUGGGCGGCGGCGGCGGCUGCGCGCUGCCUGUGAGCGGCGCCACGCAGUGGGCGCCGGUUCUGGACUUCGCACCCCCAGGAGCCUCGGCUUACGGUUCGUUGGGCGGUCCGGCCCCGCCACCGGCUCCUCCGCCGCCCCCUCCGCCCCCGCCACCUCACUCCUUCAUCAAACAGGAGCCGAGCUGGGGCGGCGCGGAGCCGCACGAGGAGCAGUGCUUGAGCGCCUUCACCGUCCACUUCUCGGGCCAGUUCACCGGCACCGCCGGAGCCUGUCGCUACGGACCUUUCGGUCCUCCUCCGCCCAGCCAGGCGCCCUCUGGCCAGGCCAGGAUGUUUCCCAACGCGCCCUACCUGCCCAGCUGCCUCGAGAGUCAGCCCGCUAUUCGCAACCAGGGAUACAGCACCGUCACCUUCGACGGGACGCCCAGUUACGGCCACACGCCCUCGCACCACGCGGCGCAGUUCCCCAACCACUCCUUCAAGCACGAGGACCCCAUGGGCCAGCAGGGCUCCCUGGGCGAACAGCAGUACUCCGUGCCGCCCCCAGUCUACGGCUGCCACACCCCCACUGACAGCUGCACAGGCAGCCAGGCCCUGCUGCUGAGGACGCCCUACAGCAGUGACAAUUUAUACCAAAUGACCUCCCAGCUUGAAUGCAUGACCUGGAAUCAGAUGAAUUUAGGAGCUACAUUAAAGGGAGUUGCUGCUGGGAGCUCCAGCUCAGUGAAAUGGACAGAAGGGCAGAGCAACCACGGCACGGGGUACGAGAGCGAUAACCAUACCACACCCAUCCUCUGCGGCGCCCAGUACAGAAUACACACCCAUGGUGUCUUCAGGGGCAUUCAGGACGUACGGCGUGUGCCUGGAGUAGCACCGACUCUUGUCCGGGCAGCAUCUGAGACCAGUGAGAAACGCCCCUUCAUGUGUGCUUACCCAGGCUGCAACAAGAGAUACUUUAAACUGUCCCACUUACAGAUGCACAGCCGGAAGCAUACUGGUGAGAAACCAUACCAGUGUGACUUCAAGGACUGUGAGCGAAGGUUUUCUCGUUCAGACCAGCUGAAAAGACACCAAAGGAGACACACAGGUGUGAAACCAUUCCAGUGUAAAACUUGUCAGCGAAAGUUCUCCCGGUCUGAUCACCUGAAGACCCACACCAGGACUCAUACAGGUGAAAAGCCCUUCAGCUGUCGGUGGCCCAGUUGUCAGAAAAAGUUUGCCCGGUCAGAUGAAUUAGUUCGCCAUCACAACAUGCACCAGAGAAACGUGGCCAAACUCCAGCUGGCGCUUUAA